AGCGUAAAGUGUAUGAGGUCAUCAUAUGAGGGUGGUACGUCAUUCAUCACCUGACAAGGAUAAACAGAGAGCCAAAGAUGGCGGCCGACAGUGAUCCCGAGUCUGAAGUGUUUGAAAUCACUGAUUUUACUACCGCGUCGGAGUGGGAGAGAUUCAUAUCCAGGGUUGAGGAGGUGCUCAAUGACUGGAAGCUGAUUGGUUGUCGUGCCGGGAAACCACCAGAGAAGGGCGAAUACACCAGCAGCAGCUGGGAAGAGACGUGUCAGGAAAUUAACUUCGCUGAUUUCAAGUUCUCCAUCACACAUCACUGUCUGAAACAGGACUCAGCAGAUAGUGAAGGCAGGGAUGAACCAGAGGAAGAUGCGUAUCCGCUGGCCAUGCAGGACCUGCUCUGCAUGAACAAUGACUUUCCUCCUCGAGCGCACUGUCUGGUCAGAUGGUAUGGUAUGCGUGAGUUUGUGGUGAUUUCUCCUGGAGCAAACUGUGAAGCCAUCGUCAGUGAGUCCAAGUGUAACCUGCUGCUGAGCUCCGUGUCCAUCGCUCUGGCCAACACAGGCUGCCACGUGCCGCUGUUUGUACAGAUCCAGCAGAAAUGGAGGAGGAUGUACACGGGCGAGUGUCAGGGGCCCGGCGUCCGCUCCGACUUUGAGAUGGUGCAUCUGCGCAAAGCGCCCAGCCAGUACAACCACCUGUCCGGCCUGCUCGACAUCUUCAAGAACAAGAUUGGCUGCCCAUUGACGCCACUGCCGCCCAUCAACAUCGCCAUUCGCUUCACGUACGUCCUUCAGGACUGGCAGCAGUGCUCGUGGCCUCAGCAGCCGCCAGACUUUGAUGCACUUCUCACUGGAGAGGUGGGCGGCGUGGAGUUUGGCAAACUUCCUUUUGGAGCGUGUGAAGAUCCCAUCAGUGAGCUGCACCUUGCAACAACGUGGCCGAACCUGACGGAGGGAAUCGUUGUGGAUAAUGAUGUUUAUUCCGAUCUGGAUCCACUUCAAGCUCCUCACUGGUCCGUUCGAGUGCGGAAAGCAGACAACCCGCAGUGUUUGCUGGGUGAGUUUCUCAUGGAGUUCUUCAAACUUUGCUGUCGGAAGGAAACCACGGAGGAGAUUCUGGGGAGGAACUCUGUUGAAGAGGAAGGGAAAGAGAACAGUGACAUCACUCAAGCCUUGUCCAAACUGACGGAGCCGACUGCUGUGCCCAUCCACAAGCUGUCCGUCUCCAACAUGGUUCACAGCGCACGCAAGCGCAUACGGCGACACAGACGAGUCGAGGAGUCGCCUCUUAACAACGACGUGCUGAACUCCAUCCUGCUGUAUCUUUUCCCAGAUGCAGCUUUGGAUAAAACAGACUGUAAUGAUGUUAAAUCCACACAGCACAGUCCAGGAGGAAAGACUGAACCGGACAAAGAAUCAGAGGAUUACCAUCUCUAUAAUCAGCUGAAAUCGGCUCCGUGCGACAGUCUGACGUACCGUCUGGCCUUGUGCAUCUGUAUGGUGAACUUCCAUCACGGAGGAGUGCGCGCUGUCGCUCACCUGUGGCAGGAGUUCGUGUUGGAGAUGCGCUACCGCUGGGAAAACAACUGCCUGAUCUACGGACUGGCGAGUGGCCCUCCCGAUCUCAGGUGUUGUCUUCUUCAUCAGAAACUGCAGAUGCUGAACUGCUGCAUUGAGCGCAAGAGAGCAAGGGAUGAUGGAAGGAAGAACACCACAUCAGAUGCAAGCCGAGAUAAAAACCGUCUGGGGCCGGAGAGCACGGGACCGGCUACCGGACCUGCUGAGGUUUCUCCUGGGAAGUCGUGGGACUCGUGGAGCGACAGUGAAGAGGAGUUCUUUGAGUGUCUGAGUGACACGGAGGAGAUGAAGGAGGCGGAGACAGACAGCGAGAAAAAAACAGCCAAUAAGAGCAAACCAGAAGGUCGACUUCAGCCGCACGGCAAACUCACACUGCUGAACUCACAGGAGCCGCUCUAUAUCCCCGUCACACAGGAGCCGGCGCCCAUGACUGAAGACCUGCUGGAGGAGCAGUCGGAGGUGCUGGCCAAACUGGGCACGUCCGCUGAAGGUGCCCAUCUCCGUGCCCGCAUGCAGAGCGCCUGCCUGCUCUCAGACAUGGAGUCAUUUAAGGCAGCAAAUCCAGGCUGUUCCCUGGAGGAUUUUGUGCGCUGGUAUUCCCCGAGAGAUUAUGUGGAGGAGGAAGUGAGCGAUGAGGCAGGCCAGACGGUCGUUCGGGGUGAACUGAGCGCCCGCAUGAAGAUCCCGGGCAACAUGUGGGUUGAGGCCUGGGAAACGGCCAAAGCCACACCAGCUCGCCGACAGAAGAGGCUGUUUGAUGACACCAAAGAGGCUGAGAAGGUGCUGCACUACCUGUCGGUGCAGAAAGCAUCUGAUCUGACGAGGCAUCUGCUGCCCUGCGUCCUACAUGCUGCUCUUCUCAAAAUCAAGGAGGAAGAGUCGACUGAAGACAUCCCGUCCGUGCGUAAGGCUCUCCAGCAGCUCACAUCUCAUGCCAGUAAACUGCUGCGUCACCCCAGCCCCGACUUCAAGAAAAUGGAGGAUGUUAUUAAUCAGAUGAGCGCGGUGGAGGCCGUCGUUGCACGCGCACGUUCGCUCAAGGCCAAGUUUGGCAUCACUAAAGGAGAGCGGGAGGAAGAUGGUGAUGAUCUGGAGAGGUUUGUGAGCUGUCUGCUGGAGGAGCCUGAGGUGUCUGUGGUCGGUUCAGGUCGAGGUCCUGCUGGAAGCAUCAUACAUAAACUGUUCGUCAGUUCUCAGCGGUUGGCCGACUCCAACGAUGAGUGUUUCAGACAGAUGCUGAUGUCAAUGAGGAUCACAAUCUGGAUUAUCAUCUGAAUGUCUGUCACUAAUCGCUGCUUUUUGAUUUUCAUCCUCACGUUGAUUCGUUCACAUUCCAGGGCUUCCUGAUGGACGUGGAGGUUUGUUUUUAGAUGCGUCUCAGUGCCGUAGAGAUAGUGAGUGAUGUUCUCCGUGUGUAGAGCAGUCAUUUGAGGACACAUGUUUCAGCUCAUGCCUCGUUGUGUGAUAGAACAAAAACAUCUCUGUAAUAAACCCGCCAAAGUGUGCUACCGUCCAAGUGACGAGUCAAAGUGAUGCAGUAGGUCGAUCUGAAUCAAGAAUAUACAUUUUCUUUCACCACGUUCAGUCUCUGAGAUGUGAGCAGACAUUUGCUAAUUUGCAAUCAGCUUUGCAAUUAGUGGAAUUUGUUCCUGUACGGGGAAAAAAAUAGACUGUGUCAAUUUGCUUCACUCCUGCAGUCUCAACACACUCAUUUAAGUCUCACUAAGAGCAUUUGUUGAGAAGCGUCUUUGCUUUGUUGCUCUCUGGCAAAAGACAAUUAGGUUUAUGUAUUCAGCUUAUUAUUACAAUAACACAUUUUCAAGUCAAGACAUCUUUAUUCAUAUAGCACUUUAUACAGUACAGAUUGGCCAUGUACACACUAAAGUUACAGGAGUGACACUGAAUUUAAAUUUGGGAGUGAAUGCCCUGGUGUGUAUGGACUCAUCGCUCCUGAUGAUUGACAGAGUGGUAAUCACAUGAACGCUCUGACAUCUUGCGUGUUUGGUAUCCUAUUUUUGACCAAAUUAAUAUUACAGACUCGUUAUGUUCUGCAGUUGUACCUAAAUCACCGUCUACAGAGGUGUUGUGUGUUGUUUCUGCUUCUCAGAAGUGAUGCCAUGUGCACUUUUUUUUAAGCGUUUUUGGGGCUUGUUUGAUCUCAUAAAGCUAUCAGUUUAAUGGAGUAAAUAAAAUAGAACGGUGUGAUAUUUUGGUCUUGUUUUAAAAGGGACCUAUAAUGCCCCUUUAACAAGAUGUAAUAUAAGUCUCUGGUGUCUCCAGAAUGUGUGUGUGAAGUUUCAGCUCAAAAUGCCCCACAGAUCA